AUGGCGCAGAACUGUAGAACACAGUUCAGGCGCACAAAUGGCGCUUUUAGUGUCGCCGUAUUGAUGGCUAUCUGUGUUGGCGGAGUUGUGCUGCUCACUGCGGGUCACGUCGCCCCAGGCCACAGAAUAGACAGUCUUCAAGUAGGGAAGCCGCAGCAGCAGCAAGAAGAAAGCCAGCCCCGGCAGCCCGAUUGCACGUGCGACUUGUCGAAGGACGAGGGACUCGAAGUCCCUACGGCGGUGACGCUUUCAAUUGAGAAACUUGCCGCUACGUUGGAAUGCAAAGGAGAAAAUGCUGAAGUUGUUCCUGAAACAUCAGGCAAGGUAUGCACGACACAAGCGGAGGGCGCCACAAUAAGCGACUGCAAGAACAACAACACCCAGAAUGCCGAACAGGUCUCGUUGAAAGGACUACUCGGCACGGCCGAGGAAAUCGAAUGGUCCAGUCCUUCCCAAGAGCCAAACACCAGCAAGUUCUGGCAGCUCCAACUAACGCCUUCCCAGCUUCCACGAUCUGACAAGGCAUUUUUCGUCGGCUGCGUCAAGGACCAAAACAACACAACGUCCAAGUGUAAACUGACGGUCAACGUCGAGGCCAGGAAAUCGGCCGUGAACAAUAACGUUGCCACCUGUGCAUACGGCCAAAAAAGCAACCCGCAACCACUGAAAGUGGAGAUGACGGGGGAGGCCAAUACAGUGACAAUUGACUGCGGCGACGACGGCACACUCGCUCCCGGUUCCUACAUGACUGAGUACUGUGUCGACGACGGCAAAAGUUUACGAGAAUGUGAGAAGAAGGCGUACGCAGACGUUUUUCCUGGGUUCGAGCAGAGCUGGUGGAAGGCGGAGGAGUCGACGAAGCAGGCGCCGACACUCACGAUUCCCGCUUCGGGCUUUCCGAGUGAAGACCAGCAGUUGCUUCUGGGAUGCGUUCCCACACGGAAGGCGAUCGCGAGCCGAGCAGCAGGAGCGCCUGGGUCACAGGCUCUUGGGGAAGCAGAUGCAGCUAACACUGGAGAGGAGACGUCGUGUAAGGUGCUUGUGACUGUGAAGGCAGUGAGCUCCUUUUCUGGUGCGAGGUCUCUCUUCCACAGUAUAGUCAUCGUGCCGGCUGUCGGUGCGUACGCCGCAUUCCGUGCCGCCGCAUUCUGA